GUGGAGCGCGCGGCGCGUGCCCGGGAGGGGGCAAACCCGCCUGUGCCCGGCCGGAGGGCGCAUGCGCGCUGGCGGGCAGGGCGGGGUACGCAGCGGGGGGGUCGGCGGCUGCCCUUCCCCGGCUCAGAGUGGUUUGCAGCAACAUGUGCAGAACUGGGUAAAGUGCUCUUGAAGUCAAGGCGCUUUCGACAAGGGAUUUAGAGAGGAGGAACGGAGGGUUUCAGCUGUCAAUGUGAAUGUAAUGAUCACAAAAGGGGACAGCUUGACAAUCCUGGAGACAAAGUCCUUUAUCACUAGAAAAGGUUCUUACUCCUGCACCCCUCCUGUGCUGCUGCAAUGACUGGAAAGUCCCUGCUCUUAAAGGUCAUUCUCCUGGGGGACGGUGGAGUUGGAAAGAGCUCCCUCAUGAACCGUUAUGUCACCAACAAGUUUGACUCGCAGGCUUUCCACACCAUAGGGGUGGAGUUCUUAAACCGCGAUUUGGAAGUGGAUGGACGUUUUGUGACCCUCCAGAUUUGGGACACAGCAGGGCAGGAGCGUUUCAAAAGUCUGCGAACUCCCUUUUACAGAGGAGCGGACUGCUGCCUGCUGACCUUCAGUGUAGAUGACCGCCAGAGCUUCGAGAACCUGGGCAACUGGCAGAAGGAGUUUGUCUAUUAUGCAGAUGUGAAGGACCCUGGCCACUUUCCAUUUGUGGUCCUGGGCAACAAGAUAGACAAACUUGAGAGGCAGGUGAGCACCGAAGAGGCCCAAGCAUGGUGUUUGGAAAAUGGGAAUUACCCUUACCUGGAAACUAGUGCCAAGGAUGACACCAAUGUGGCAGUGGCCUUUGAGGAAGCUGUGCGGCAGGUACUGGCUUUGGAGGAGCAGCUGGAGCAUUGCAUGUUGGGGCAUACCAUUGACCUGCACAGCAGUUCCAAAUCAGGAUCUUCAUGUUGUUAGGAAUCACCUGGGGAUUGUACCCAAGGACUGAGUGUUUAAACAGAACAAGUGCAAAUGGCUCUUGGGCAUGCUGAGGUAUGCAGACAGAAAGGACAAUGGGUGGGGUCACUGGCUGUAGGAGUCACAGCCUUUCUAGCUGAAUAACAGUUGGAGUCUUUGGGUGUGAAGAAAAGGGUUUAGGGGAGAGAUCUAGUUAGGUGCAUUUGGAAGUAGUUCUCCCCCCCUCCCUUCCUUCUUUCUAACAGAUCUAAGGAUAGGGUUAAUCUGAGAGGGUUGCAAAUUAUGGUCUGUGCCAACAUCUAUCCACAAAAUGAGACUUGCGGAUUGCUAGCCAUUCCCCAAAUUAUUUCAUUAAUGAACUGAAAAGUAGUAAGCCCACCCUGCACCUCUUGACCGUACACUGCCAAAGUAAGGUUUGAUCAGUUUGCUGCAAAUAAUAAAACUAACCUUGAAUUGGCAUGAGGAUGCCAAGUACAGGAAUGACUGACAUAGUUCUGUUGCUUAGGUUAAUCUCCUGGUAUCCUGAUGUGCCCUAGUCUUUUUGACCCUCUCAAAAAAAGCUUGCUGUGUGGAAGAACGAUGCUGUGAGUGCAUCACACUGGAAAGUAACAAUGCUCAAUGAUUUGAAGAACAUGGUAUGAGGGAGUGGAGUAUGUUUGAAUGUUGCAGCCUUAAUUCUUGACAGCUGCUUGCCUUGAUCACUUUUCUUCCCAUAUCUAACUUUCUCCAUAUGAAUGUUACUUUCCUAGUGUGACUAGCCUCCUCCUAGUUUGUGUGUGCCCUUGUUUUUUUCUGAGGCUCAACACUAGAUGGAGCUGCUCACCAUUUGGGUGACACUGGGCAAAUCCUACCUCACUCGUAGUCUCAAUUACUUGCUUGUGAGGAAGGCUUUAGAAACAGCGUACUGUCUUCCACAUUCAGUGUAAAUCUUUUGCAGGUCUCGGUGCCAUGUAAUUACCAACAGAUCAUGGCUCCAGCUAUGGGCUCCUACACUGUUGGAAUGGACUGAAUAACAACUCCUAGAAGUGCAGAUGACUGGUGGCCAGUAAAAUCACUCUUUCAUAAGUGCACUGGUUUAGCAGCCCUGGUUCUGGCUGUGCUUUGUUAGCCCAAGGGUCACUGUCUUAAGCCACUUCAACUCAGCUCCUUUACUUUGGAUGCUGCAGCUCUGAAUCAAUUAAAUCUGCUCUCUGCAGGACCUAAGAGAAGCCAGGAUACUGGGAGUUACUUGAUGGUGAGGAGCACAGACCUAACAGGUGACUCACUGCACUGUCCUGUUUUCUCGAAAAGGGUGAGGAGUUCAGUGAACUUUCUCUGCAGUUUACUCCAGUCUUAGUGAUCUGGUUGAUAGACUUGAGUGGUAGGGAAGCCAUUUCAGCUAAUUGAAUCUUCCUUAGCCAGCUGACUGGCUCCAGUCAGUGGGGAGGAGCUCUGGACAGCCUCAAAAUGGCUGAAAAUCAAAACGUUGUAGAGAAAACAUAUUACAAAUAAACCAGGGGUUUUGCGAACCCAGGGCUUUGGCCUGUUUGUGGCUACCAGUCUCAAGCUAUCCAUCUGUAGUGUUGGGAUCAGUGCUUGCUUGCUACUAUAUAUUCUGCAAUUUUAUGCUGUUUGUCCAAGAUUAUGUUCUGAUGACACUGUCUGUAACUGUAGAGAGGCCUGUCUCGGGGAGAGCUCCCCUGCAGUCAUCUCGGUGCUGAGUGCAGCCAUCAUGGGCCCAGUUGAUCCCGCAUUCCCCUGUGUGAGCCUUGAUGGUAAGUCUCAUGGUUCAAAUACAGCAGCUUCAUUCACUUUGUCUGUUGAAGCCAAGAGAUUUCCACCUUGGUGCUGGACAAUGGAAGUUAGUCUCAGUUGCCUCCAGGCUCCUGCUCUGCAGGGGGAGUGUGUACUUUGCAUUAAUGCAAGAUAAGUCUGCCCUCUCUCUUCAGGGCAAUAAUGUGGAAGUGAUGAUAGCUGCAAAGGUACUAUAAGGGUGGGGCCUGAUUUUAGUGGUGAUGAGUACCUGCAACUCCCAUUGACAUAAAUAGGGCAGUACUUGAUGCUUUUGAAAAGUCAGAACCCAUGGUGUUUACAGGAGUGCCCUGCAUCUCCCUAGUUACACUUCGCUUGUACUAUUUUUAUUUAGCAGUCUUGGAUCUCCUCAUGCAUCCCCGUAGUUCCUAAGGGCCUUGCCUUCAUUGUAAUGGUACUUGAUAAUUCCACUGGAAAUUCUAUGACCCAAACUCUGUCUCCUGUAGUCCUGGUUAAAGACUUGGUGUAAACAAAUUUGGGAACCAUGUUUAAAAGUUAUUCCAACUGAGCCAGUUUCUAAGAUGAUCCAGUGUGGAGGGGGCAAAAGGUGUUAGAAUGUUUAUAAAUCAUAGUGAUGGAGCCUAAAUGUAUUCAGUCCAGUUAGGUCAAAGGUUAAGUGACGCCUCUUUCUUUUUGACCAUGCUACUUUUCCAGCCUAGUUAUUGCAUGAUUUGUCUGAGCAUCGACCCUUCCUAUGAAACAGUACAAUUACUGUUAACAAGCUGUGAUGUGUGAGGGAGAAUGCGCAGCAGGGUAUCCUCCUGUACUUUGGGUGCUUGUUGACGCUUAUGGCCGAAACCUGAAAACCUUCACCGUAUUUGAACUGUGCAUAUAGGUUUACUAGCUGUCUGUAUAACUCUGGAGUGUGUUAGUGUCUUUUGUUUGUUUUUUUUAACAAACUAUAUGGUUAAUUUUUUAAAAAGCUAUAUGUAUGUAAACUCAAUUUUUUUUAAAAAAAGUAUAGUAUUUUCUGUGAGUACUCAUUUAAUUUAUUUUCAACCAACACACGCAAAUUCCUGGGAGAGCCAGGAUUGUGAAUUCUUCAUUAAAGGUCAAUUGCCAACAGCU